AUGUUAGAAAUGGGAGAUUCAGGAAACAAAAUUGAAGAUAUUGAAAAAGAAGUCGAAAAAUUAUUACAUGAUGAUUCAUUAGCAGAAGAGGUUAAAAUUGAUUGGGAAGAUGCUGUCGAUUCAGAAACUGCUGCACCCGCUGCAUUUGCGGAAUCACUCCCUGAAGAAUCAUAA